AUGGGCAUGCCUGGUGCAUUGCUUUGGAAUAAUCCACCUCAGUUGGGACCAAUCACGGGGAUUGAACCGCAACCACUCCAGCAAACUGCGACAGACGCGCGCGCAGGGGCUUCGCGGGACGCAGCUUUCCCGACCGGCGAACGGGGACAGGAGCCCGCGCAUCCGUAUCUCAGCGCGUGGACGCCUCUGAUUGAGCGAAGCGGAAGUCGCGGGCGUGAGGACAGCGGAAGCCGCGGGCGGGAUGGUGGCAGAAGCCGCGGGCGGGAUGGUAGCGGAAGCCGCGGGGAGGCUGGCAGCGGAAGCCGCGGGGAGGUUGGCAGCGGAAGCCGCGGGGAGGUUGGCAGCAGAAGCCGCGGGAGGAACGGCAGCGCCGCAAGCUCACCCCAAGCGCGGCGGAUUGGAAUAGAGUCGAGCAGUUUGGGCGCCAGCGAGAAUGAUGUGGUUCCCCUCACAACCUCCCGACUGCUUCCGCUCUUCCCCCUUUCAUCUCCCGCCGCAGAUUCCGCGCUACUCCCUCCCUCUUUCCCCGCAGCCCCUGCAGAGGCGGCGUCUGCAGCGGCGCCUGACGCGCUGACAGCUCCGGUGGCGCAAGGGGUUUGCAGGGGGUUAGGCAGCGCGGGUACCUCGCGCGGGGAGCGGAGCGAGGGGAGGGAGUCCGCGGGUCCGCGGGUUAGAGGGGGCGAGUUCAAGAUACCGCAGCCCGGGUCAAGAUCAGGGUCCCGGUCGCUCUCCGCCUCUGCGCGCGGAGGCCUUUGUUCCCCCUCUGCGCGCGGAGGCGUUCCUUCCGCCCCCGCGCCUGGUUCCGCCGGUGAGCAGGGGCUUCAGAAAGGGGAGCGGAGGGGCGAGCGUGGAACAGGGGGAGCGGGAAGCGGGAGCUCGAGCAGCAGGGGGAAGAGCGGCGGGUGGGGGAGCGGCGGGCGAGGGGAAGGGGAUUACGGUCUGUCGUACAUAGUGGAGGGCGCGGGGGGAGGUGGUGGCAUGGGCGGAAGGGCGCUGGCGGAAGGGGACGGGCAUGGGCGCGCGGGCGUUUGGGGGAACGUCUGGGGAGGAGAAAGGGGAGGGGGGCCUGCUGGUGGAAGAGUAGCAGGCGGAACUGCGGAGGCCGGGGGAAGGAGGGAGGAUGGUAGAGACUCAAGCACAUGGAAGGUUCACAAUCACCCGAGCAGGACGAGUGAUUACGUUCUAGAGUCAAGAAAACAACAGUCCAGCGGCUGUGCGUUUAGUCAAAGCAGCAGGAAGCGGCAGCUGGAGGAGCAGGGGGAGCAGGGGGAGCAGGGGGAACAGGGGGCGGAGGGGAGGCAGGUUGGGGAGGGGAGUCAGGGGGAGCAGGGGGCGGAGUUGCAGGGUCAGAAAUCGCCUGAGUCACGUGUGGAGCGGAGAAAGAGACCUGCAGGAACUCCGCCUGGGGGGGCUCCAUCCGCGGGGACUCCGCCUGUUGGAACCCCUCUCCCGGGAACUCCGCCUGGGGGACUGGCGCGGCGGCUUGAGGUGCCUGUGUCGUGCGGGUGGCAGGCGUUUGGCGAGGACGCGGAAGGGGAAGAACGCGGGUGCACAGGUGGGGGGGGAGGCGAAGGUCCUUUGCUGCAAACAGCCCUUGCUCUCGCUACCCCUCCAACCCCUUCCUCUCCUGCUGCCGCCCUGCCCACUACCGCCACCACUACGAAACCCGACUUGCCUCGUCCUGCCGACCCGUCUCCUGCUGUCGAACCGCCACACAGCACCCAUUUGAACCGCUCUGUGUGCCGACCAGGCGGCUCACAAGUAGGCUCAGUGGGGCAGCAGAGGAAGGCAGUUGGCGGAUCGUUUGGAGGGUGGGUCCGGGCUGUGAGCCAGGCAAGACCGGUCGGUCAGCAACAAAGAGUUGGUGAGGCAAGGGAAGAAGGGCAACCAAGGGUGGUAAGCCAACCACGGGCUGUGAGCCAGCCAAGAAACUGCAAGGAGUUUGAGACACCCGUGCACACUGCUGGUGUUUGUGCUGGUGCUGGUGCUGGUGCUGGUGCUGGUGCUGGUGCUGGUGCUGGUGCUGGUGCCGCAGUUUUAGUCACAAAGGGAAGUGCCAAAAGGCCCAAACUUGCGGUGGCUGACGCAGAGAAGGCAGGGAGAAAGGGUCAUGGAAAGGUUUCUGACGGCAGUGCGGGUGGGGCUCGUGAUAGGGACGGCAAUGGUGCUUCUGGCGCUGGCCUUGGCGUUGCUGCGAAUCCUGCUGGGCUCGAGAGGGUUGCCCAAUUCGCAGCACUGCCUGCGUUUCUGCCUUCUUUGGCUGAACCUGGUGACCCUAAUGAGACCAGAGGAUCCAGUCAGCAGCCUAACGAGCCUAAGGAACCCAUGCCACCUGUUUCUCCGUUCUCUCCUCUCUCUCCUGCCUCCCCUGUCCCUCCUGUCCCUCCUGUCUCUGCUGUCCCUCCAGUUCCUCCUGUUUCUCCUGUUGCUCCUGCUGCCCCUUCUCCUGUCACUCGUGCUGGGGUGCCUACUGUCCAGCCUGGUACGGAUCUUUCGGCAGUAGAAGGCACUGCCUCUGCUGUGUCUCCUCCGCUUGCCCCUGCACCAGUUGCUGCCACCUCACCUGUUGCUGUUGCCACCUCACCCGUUGCUGUUGCCAGAUCACCCGUUGCUGUUGCCAGAUCACCCGUUGCUGUUGCCAGAUCACCCGUUGCUGUUGCCAGAUCACCCGUUGCUGUUGCCAGAUCACCCGUUGCUGUUGCCAGAUCACCCGUUGCUGCUGCCAUCUCACCUGCUGCGGCCGGUGCACCUGCUGCUCCUCUUGCUCCCACCCCUGCCACUGCUCCUGUCCCUGCCACGACACGUCGCCCAAGGCUGAGACCAGAGCCCAUAGAGGUCCCAGCGGGCAACACGAGCGGUGGCGGCAGUGGGGGUUCAGACGAGCACGCACUGGCAGUGGCAGCGGCAGCAGCAACAACUGCUGCCACCGCUCUCACCCCUGCCACUGUUCCUGUUCCUGCCACUGCUCUUCCCCCUACCACGACACGCCGGCCAAGAGCGAGGCUAGAGCCCAUAGAGGUCCCAGCGGGCGACAUUUGGGGAUCAGACGAGCACGCACUGGCAGUGGCAGCAGCAGCAGCUACACUUGUCGCCACCGCUCCCACCCCUGCCGUGGCUCCCCACCCCACCACAACAUGCCGCCCAAGGCCGAGACCAGAGCCCAUAGAGGUCCCAGCAGGCGACACCAGCGGGGGCUCGGACGAACACGCACUGGCAAUGGCAGCGGCAGCUGCACUUGCUGCAUCCGCUCCCACACCUGCCGUGGCUCCCCUCUUUACCACGACACGUCGGCCAAGAGCGAGACCAGAGCCCAUAGAGGUCCCAGCGGGCGACAGUGGGGGAUUGGAAGAGCACGCACUGGCAGUGGCAGCGGCAGCAGAGUCAGAGGACCAGCUUUCUGUUCCUGGGCCUAUGGCACUCACAGGUGCACAGCAGCAGCGGCAGCAGCGGCAGCAACGGCAGCAGGGGCAGCACGGGCAGCAGCGGCAGCAACGGCAGCAGGGACAGCAGCGGCAGCAGGGACAGCAGUGGCAGCAGCAGGGGCUGUGGCGGCCGCAGUUGGGUUUUCAAGGAGGCGAGGGGCGGCAGGGGCGGGCGUUUAGAAUGCCAGGGUUUUGGCAGCAGGUGCAAGGCGGGGCAGUGGGGGUGGCGGGGGGUUUGGAAGAAGUUGGGAGAGUGGGAGGAGUGGGAGGGAGAGCGCGUAGGGAAGGAGAGGGCGAGGUCCCCACAGGGCCUCUGUUGAUGCAUCUGAGGGAGAGUCUAGGGGAGGGCGAGGGAUGGACCUCCCAGGGGAGCUUCACAGCUGAUGAAGGGGAGGGUGGGAGCAGUGAGUUCGCCACGGGGGAGGAGGGGAGCGGAUGGGAUGGGAGGAGGAGAGAGGAGGGGCAGGAGGGAGGGGAGAGGGCGGAGAGGCAGAGGGGCAGGGACGAGAGGCAGAGGGGUGGAAUCACAGGCGGUGUUGCAGCUGGGUCGUCAGGUGGCAUUCGUGGUGGUGUUUCAGGCGUUUUGGGUGGUGGCAGCGGAUUGGGCGGCAGCGGUCUGGGCGGCAGCGGUUUGGGUGGAAGCGGUUUGGGCGGCAGUGGCCUGGGCGGCAGCGGCCUGGGCGUGGUGACGGAACAGGGCACAGAUGAUCAACAGAUAGAGCCUCCCCCUGCUGCAGUGGGGGUAGAGCCUCCUCCUGGGGUCACAAGGGCAGGAGCAGGAUCGGGGGAAGGGGAAGGGGCUGCUGCGGAAGCAGUGGGAGUGAGAAGCGGUGGAGGUGGGAGGAGGGAAAGCGGGGGAAGGGGAAGCGGGGGGAGGGGUUCGGUGGAGAGGGGAAACGGGGCGAGCUGGAUAGAGCGGCUGAUCGGGCCUCGUUUGGCACUGGGCAAAGCAGGGAGAGAGGGGGGGGGUUGGGAGGAGGGGAGGGGAGCAGGGUCUAUUACUAGCAGCACCACAUCAGCUGGCAGGUUUGGGCGCAGGUGGGCGGGAUGUGGUGGGAGGAGUGCAACAGGUUGGGGCAGCGGGGUACGUGGGAGGUGGUCUUACGGCCCUCAGCGUCCAAACCUACAGCUUCCUCCCUCUCCCUCCCCGCCUCCUCCGCCCUCAGCUGAGGCAAAUCAGCCACCUCAUUUCGGCACUGACUUCUCCCCACCUCCCCACCUCCCCCUCAAUAGCCCCCUCUCCCCACCUCCCCACCUCCCCCUCAAUAGCCCCCUCUCCCCACCUUCUCUCCUUCCCUCUCCUGGGCCCCAGUCUCUCAGCUGGUCGCACCACUCUGCCAACGUGGCAGCUAUCAGAUCGUGGCUUCAGGAUGCUGCCACGUGGCAUGAGCUGAUUGGACAGCAAGAGCGCGACCUGGGUUUGUCUGGAUGGGUAGAGGGGGAGGUGGAGGAGGAGAAAGAGAAGGAGGAGGCGGGGGAGGAGGAGAAGGAGGAGGUAGAGGAGGCGGAGGAGGAGGGCGAGGAGUGCAUGUUCUGUGGGGCGGUGGGGCACACUGUACUGAGCUGCUCUGAAACCUGUGAUGGAGAGGUGCUUGUGCUGGUUGCUCGGCUGUGUGACUGGGUUGAGAGUGGUGGAGAGGUGUUGGGAGGAGUUUUGGUGGGAGGAUGUCGGAGUAAUGGGGAAGGGGAAGGGGAAGAAGGGAGGGAGGGAAAAGAAUUGGAGGAAGGACGGGGCGAAGAGGGGAGUGGGAAGGAGGAGAUGCGAGGAGGGGAGGAGGGAGCAGGGCUGGAGGAGGGGAGGAGGAGAGAGUGCCGAGACAAGGGUAAAGGGAGUGAGGGGGGUGGUGGGGGAGACGCGGAGUGCAAGAGUGUGGAGAGUGAGGGGAUGGUGGGGGUGGUGAGGAUGGUGAGGGGGGUGAAGCGGGUGAGGAGGAUGGGACGGACAAAAGCGGAGCCACAUUUUUGUCUUUGGUGCGGGGUGGGCGGCGGCCACUGGGCGGCAGAGUGCGCAGUGCUGAUGGAGGAACGGAGCUUACUUCAGAUCGGGCCUGAGAUAGCUGCCCCACCCUCCCCCGCUGCCGUCCAUACCUUGCCUGUCGCUCCCACUCCCCCUGACGCCCCCAUCCCUCCUGCCAAACCCACACUCCUUGCUGCCCUCACCCUUCCUGUCGCUCCCACUCCCCCUGUUGUUCCCGCUCUCCCUGCUCUCGCUGCUCCUAUACCUUCUGCUCCGAAGGAGCUUGCAGUAAUUGCAUUCUCUCCCUCCGCUCUUCCUCCCGCUGCUGUCCCGCCGCUUCCCCCUGCUCUGCCUUCUU